AUUUCCUGCUAUCGCAAAGAAAAGUAAAAUUUACUCCUAAAUUGAAUUUCUUUUCAUAACUGUAAUUAUUAUAGAUUACAAUGUCUGCUGAAUAAUGCAUAAAGUUGUUGGCAUGUUGCUUUCUUUUUGUCUUCUUGUUGACUAACCAAACAUUUUAGUCUUUCAUCUUUAUCUCCUUUAAAAUAAUUUAAUUAAAAUUACCAAUCAAAACUACAAAUGUCCUGUAUCUCUUUCAACCUCUCUUGUUUUGAUCUCUGAGUUCUCUUUCCUUUUCAUUUUUUCCUUCUAAUCUGUCUGAUACCUAUUCUUUCCUUGCGCUUGAGAAUGGAAGAAACUGCUGGGAAUGCCGUUUUAGAAGUUGGGAAGUGCUUAAGCGCUCCGAUUGGGCGUCAGUUUAUGUACUUGUACAACUACAAAACCAACUUUCACAAUCUUAAAAAAGAAGCUGGAAAGCUGAAGGAUGCAAGAGAUGAGGUGAAGGCUAAGGUCGUUGCUGCUGAAAAUAAUGUGGAAAAGAUCAAACAGAAUGUUAAGGACUGGCAGGGGGAUGUGGAUUCCACCAUCGAAGAAACAGACAAGCUGAUUCAAGAGAAAUCAAACAGCAGUUGUUUCAACUCGAUCACUCGCUACAAAAAUGGCAGGAAAGCAUGGAAAAAGCUGGACGCUAUAACUGAACUUCUUCAGGAAAAAGAAACAUUUGGUGAAGUUUCUCUUCCCACCUCUCAUGAGGUCAUUCGGCUCACUAACAAAGAUUAUGAGGAAUUUGAUUCAAGAAGGUCAAUUUUCAACGAUGUGCUGAAGGCAGUAGAUGAUCCUGAGGUUGGAAUUAUUGGGUUUUAUGGAAUGGGUGGAAUUGGUAAAACCACACUGGUCAAAGAAGUUGGUCAUCAAGCCAAGAAAAACCAGAUCUUGGAUGAGGUGGUUUUCGUAGAGGUAUCUGAUAAACCAGAUACUAAAAAGAUUCAAGAUGAACUUGCGAAUCAGUUAGGUUUGGAAUUUAAGAAGGAGGCUGAACGAGCGAGCAAGUUGUAUGCGAGACUGAAGAAUGAUAAGAAAGUGCUUGUAAUUUUAGAUAAUAUAUGGGAACAAUUAGACUUGGAGGCUCUCGGUAUUCCUUGUGGAGAUGACUUUGGGGGAUGUAAAUUAUUGCUGACAGCAAGAGAUCUUAAUGUAUUAUGGAGUAUGGAUUCUAAGAAUAAUUUCUCGAUGGGUGUCUUAAAGGAAGAAGAAGCUUGGAGCUUAUUCAAGAAGAUGGCAGGUGAUGUGGUUGAUCAAACAAAUAAACUGAAUUUUCUGCCAAAUGAUGUAUGCAACGAGUGUCGGGGUUUGCCAAUUGUCAUUACUACCAUAGCAAGAUCAUUAAGAAACAAGAGACAUCAAUCUCAAUGGAAAGAAGCCUUGCGAGAACUAAAAAUGCCUUCUCCAACAAAGUUUGCAGGCUUGCUAGAAGAGGAAUAUUCAAAGAUAGCAUUGAGUUACAAUUAUCUAAAAGGUGAUGAGCUCAAGAAAACUCUGCUAAUUUGUAGCCUAAUGGUAAAUAAUACUACCAUUUCAAACUUGUUCAAACUCAUUAUGAGUUUAGAUAUAUUGGAAGGAGUUAAUCUUACUAUGGAACAAGCACGAAAUAAACUGGAAAGUCUUGUCUGUGAACUCAAGGAAUCUUGUUUGUUGCUUGAUGAUUCAACCAGUGAAAAGUUUUCCAUGCAUGAUGUUGUUCGUUCAGUUGCCAUAACAAUUGCAUAUAAAGAUCAUCAUAUAUUUACAGAGCGAAAUGACAUAGUGAGGGAAUGGUCAAAUAUAGAACAACUGAAAAAAUGCACUAAAAUCUCACUUGCUGAUUGUAACAUAAUUAGUGAGAUUUGGCCUCAAGGUUUGGAUUGUCCAAAACUUGAAUUUUUCUGUAUGAGGAUAAAGGGUUCCUUUGAAAUCCCUGAAGACUUUUUCGUAGGGAUGAGAAACCUCAAGGUUCUAAGUUUCCUUGACCUGAAGGUAUUGUCCUUGCCAACAUCUCUUGCUUUUCUCAUAAAUCUUCAAACGUUAUGUUUGGAUUAUGGGACAUUUUCAGAUAUAACAAUAAUUGGAGAGUUAAGAAAACUAAAGAUUCUUAGCUUGCGACAUUGUAAGAUUAAACAGUUGGCUGAGGAAAUAAGCAAAUUGACUCAAUUGAGGUUAUUAGAUUUAAGUGGUUGUUGUAAAUUAGAAGUUAUAGUACCAAAUGUUAUAUCAAGCUUAUUCCGAUUGGAAGAAUUGUAUAUGGGUGGAUGCUCUAUUUCAUGGAAGGUUGAAAUACUUGAGGAAUUGAAGCAUUUGUCUAAAUUGACGACUUUAGAAAUAGAUAUAUCAGAUGAUCAACUUUUGCCAAGAGACUUCUUUUCCAAAAAAUUGGAAAGGUACAAAAUAUCAAUUGGAAAUAGGGCUACUAAAUUUGGUUGGAGCAUCAUAGGUGGUGAUCAUGGGGAGCUCAUGUUUCUUGAAAGCUACUCAAUAAAUAAGCUUGCCACUUUAAGAACAUUGAAACUGAAUCUUAAUUCUAUCAUCUGGCAAGAGGAAUUGCAGUGCUUAUCGAAUGUUGAAUUCUUAUGCUUAGAGAAAUUGCAAGGUAUCAAGAAUGAUCUCAAUGAAUUAGACAAGAAGGGUUUUCCUCAGUUAAAAUAUCUUUAUGUCCAUAAUAAUCCUAACAUCUUGUGCAUUGUUGACUCAACAAAGUGCAUAACUCAUGAUGUCUUUCCACUCCUGGAGUCUUUAAUUUUUUUCAACUUGAUUAACUUGGAAAAGAUAUGUUAUGGUCUACCCUCAACAAAGUCUUUCUACAAUUUAAAAUUUAUUGAAGUGAAAAACUGUGAUAAGUUGGAAAAUAUCUUCUCAUUCUCCAAUGCUAGUAGAAGCCUUCCACAACUUCAAUUAAUUAAGGUGGAAGAUUGCAAGAAUUUGACUGAGAUUUUUGCUGUUAAAAGUAAAAAUAGAGCAAACGAGAAUGAGGUAAUUGAUAAGAUUGAAUUUUGUCAAUUACGCUUCUUGACUUUGACUAAUCUUCUAAGGAUUGCAAGCUUCUACUCAAAUACAAAUACUGUUUCAACAUCGCAAAAGACACAUAAAGAAUUGACAAUUGAUUUGGAGUUCAGUGAUAUUAAUUUGGAGGAUGAGGAAAUUGCUACUGUCAUCCCAUUUUUUAACAAAAAGGUUGUUUUCCCUUGUUUGGAAGAAUUAAACCUUGGAGCAAUUAAUUCUGGAAAGAUUUGGGGCAACAAACUUCCAACAACCUCUUGUUGCUACCAGAAUUUGAAAAGAUUGAUUGUGGAUGGCUGUCAAAAAUUAAAAUUUGUAUUUCCAUCAUCUAUAAUCAAAAGCUUUGAGCAGCUUCAACACCUUGAGAUAAGCUAUUGUAAAGAAUUAAAAGAGAUUGUUGCCAAAGAAGAAACAGAGAGUACUACUACAUUUAUCUUUCCAAGGGUUGCCUUUUUAAAACUAAAAGGAUUGCCAGAGCUUACAACUUUCUACCAUGGUGAAGACAACUCAAAUUGGCAGAUGUUAAAGGAGUUGGAGGUGUGUGAUUGUGACAAACUAGACAUAUUUACUUCAGAAUAUAAGAUUAACCCCAAUUUGGAGAAAUUAACCCUAAGCAGAGCAGAUGACAUGAUAACAUUGCUGCAUCAGUUUCCAGAAAACUUUGGUAGAUGUACAAUUGAGAUCCAACAGGAUAAAUCUACCAAUAUUUCAGUUGGCAUCCUUCAGAGAUCGGUUAAGCUGGAAAACCUCAUACUGAGUGACUGUUCAUAUGAAGAGAUAUUUACAUGUGGAGAGGAUGAGAAACAUACAAAAAUCUUGAUGCACAUAAAAAGUUUGGAGUUGAGUUAUCUUUCUGAUGCAAAGUACCUUUGGGGAAAAGGCUCCAAACUAGACUCUCUUCUUCAAAAUCUUGAGGUUCUAAAAGUAGGUAAUUGUGAUAGAAUAAUAAAUGUUCUGCCAUCCUCAGCAUCUUUUGAGAAUCUAACAGUUCUGAAUGUAUGUUGGUGUUAUGGAUUGAUGAACUUACUCACACCUUCAAUAGCAAAAAAUUUGGUGCAGUUGAGAGAAAUGAAAAUUGAAAGUUGCAGAAUGAUGACAGAAAUAGUAUCAAAUAAGACAGAAGAUGUAGCAGCAGAAGAUGAAAUUGUUUUCAGCAAACUGAAGUUGUUGUCACUUGAAAAGUUAAAAAGUUUGACAUGUUUCUGCUCUGGGAGUUAUGCAUUGAAAUUCCCAUAUUUGGAAGAAUUGACUAUAGAUGGUUGUCCUAAGAUGAAGACUUUCUUUGCAGGAAACUUAUACACACCAAGUUUACAAAAAGUUCAACAAGAUUGGUGGGAUAAAGGCAAAUGGAGUUGGAAGGGUGACCUAAAUACAACUAUACAACUACAGUACGAAAAAGAGGUAUGUAUUUAA